AUGGCGCCCCAAUCUCAGAACAACGGCGCCGACACCGACGUGGAUGCGUCCAUGUCCGAAGCGCCCGAGAACCGUGUCGCCGACGAGAUGGAAGUGGAUGAGACCCCAGACAAUACCGACUCCGACGCGCAGCCUGACACGACAGAGAGCAGUGUCGUUGGUGAGCUGGACGGUCGCAAGCGUCGCGCCGAGAACAACCAGCUGCAGAAGGCUGUGCUCAAGAAGAAGCACGACAGCCUCGAAGAGUCCAAGCAAAAUGACACCAUCAGGCGUUUCCGCUACCUGCUGGGCCUGACGGAUCUGUUCCGCCAUUUUAUCGAGACCAACCCCGACCCCAAGAUUCGCGAGAUUAUGGCCGAGAUUGACCGGCAGAACAACGAAGGUGCCAAGUCGAAGAAGAAGACCGGUCGCCAGGGUGGUGCCGCAGUCGACCGUCGCCGACGCACAGAAGCCGAGGAGGACGCCGAGCUCAUCCAGGAUGAGAGGCAAGGCGGGGCUGCUGAGACCGUCUACAGAGAUUCGCCACCUUUCAUUCAGGGAACUAUGCGUGACUAUCAGGUUGCUGGUCUCAACUGGAUGAUCUCCCUACACGAGAAUGGUAUUUCUGGUAUCCUCGCCGACGAAAUGGGUCUAGGCAAGACUCUUCAGACCAUCUCCUUCCUCGGCUACCUGCGCCACGUUUGCGACAUUACCGGCCCGCACCUCGUCACCGUGCCCAAGUCGACCCUCGACAACUGGAAGCGCGAGUUCGAGCGCUGGACCCCCGAGGUCAACGUUCUCGUCCUGCAGGGCUCAAAGGAGGAGCGCCAGGACCUCAUCAGCGAACGCUUAGUCGACGCAAAGUUUGACGUUUGCAUCACCAGUUACGAAAUGGUCCUCCGCGAAAAGAGCCACCUGAAAAAGCUUCCCUGGAAGUACAUCAUCAUUGAUGAGGCCCACCGUAUCAAGAACGAAGAGUCUUCGCUAUCGCAAGUCAUCCGCCUCUUCUCGUCACUCAACCGUCUGUUGAUCACGGGCACUCCUCUUCAGAACAACCUUCACGAGCUGUGGGCACUGCUCAACUUCCUGCUGCCUGAUGUCUUUGGCGACUCCGAGGCCUUCGACCAAUGGUUCUCCGGUGAGGACCAGGAUCAGGACAGAGUUGUGCAGCAGCUCCAUAGGAUCCUGCGCCCCUUCCUGCUUCGCCGUGUCAAGAGCGACGUGGAGAAGAGCCUGCUGCCCAAGAAGGAGGUGAAUCUGUAUCUGGGAAUGUCAGAUAUGCAGGUCAAGUGGUAUCAGAAGAUCCUCGAGAAGGAUAUCGACGCCGUCAAUGGCGCUGGAGGAAAGCGCGAGUCCAAGACACGACUUCUCAACAUCGUGAUGCAACUGCGCAAGUGCUGCAACCACCCCUAUCUGUUCGAGGGCGCCGAGCCGGGUCCCCCCUACACGACGGACGAACACCUCAUCUACAACAGCGGAAAGAUGGCUGUUCUGGACAAGCUCCUGGCCCGCAUGAAGAAGCAGGGAAGUCGAGUCCUCAUCUUCUCCCAGAUGAGCCGUCUGCUCGACAUCCUUGAGGACUACUGCGUCUUUAGAGAGUACAAAUACUGCCGCAUCGACGGCAGCACGGCCCACGAGGACCGUAUCGCCGCUAUCGAUGAGUACAACAAGCCUGGCUCGGAGAAGUUUGUCUUCCUCCUCACCACACGAGCUGGCGGUCUCGGUAUCAACCUGACGACUGCCGACAUCGUGGUUCUCUACGACAGCGACUGGAACCCCCAGGCGGAUCUCCAGGCCAUGGACCGAGCCCACAGGAUCGGUCAGACGAAGCAGGUCGUGGUGUACAGAUUCGUCACGGACAACGCCAUCGAAGAAAAGGUGCUGGAGCGUGCAGCCCAAAAGCUCCGUCUCGAUCAGCUCGUCAUCCAGCAGGGCAGGGCGCAGGUGGCGGCCAAGGCGGCAGCCAACAAGGAUGACCUGCUGAACAUGAUCCAGCACGGAGCCGAAAAAGUCUUCCAGGCCAAGUCGGGCGGAAUGGCGUCCAAGGGCGCCAACAUCGACGACGACGAUAUCGAGGCGAUCCUGGCCCAGGGCGAGAACCGGACAAAGGAGCUCAACGCCAAAUACGAGAAGCUGGGACUGGAUGACCUCCAGAAGUUUACGUCCGAGUCGGCAUACGAGUGGAACGGUGAGAAUUUUGCCAACACGAAGAAGGAUAUCGGCGCGUCCUGGAUCAACCCAGCCAAGCGCGAACGCAAGGAGCAGUCAUACUCUAUGGACAAGUACUUCCGGCAGGCCAUGUACCCGAACCCCAAGGCGGAGGCGAAACCCAAGGCGCCGCGGGCACCCAAGCAGAUUGCCGUGCACGACUACCAGUUCUACCCGCCGCGGCUGCGUGACCUGCAGGAGAGGGAGACGGCCUUUUACCGUAAGGAGAUCGGGUACAAGGUCCCCCUACCGGACGGCGACGACGACAAGCAGGAGGAGCGGGAGGCAGAGCGAGCGCUGGAGCAGCAGGAGAUUGACGACGCGACGGCGCUGACGGAGGAGGAGCAGCAAGAGAAGGAGGAACUUGCGACGCAGGGCUUCGGCGACUGGAACAAGCGCGACUUCCAGCAGUUCAUCAACGCCACAGCGCGGUGCGGGCGGACCAGCUAUGCCGGCAUCGCGGCCGAGCUGGGUAGCAAGACGGAGGCCGAGGUGAAGGCGUACGCCAAGGUCUUCUGGCAGCGGUACACGGAGAUUGCCGACUUCCAGCGGUACAUCAAGGUGAUUGAGGACGGCGAGGAGCGCGCGCGCCGCAUCGAGCACCAGCGCAAGCUGCUCCGCAAGAAGAUGCAGCAGUACCGCGUGCCGCUCCAGCAGCUCAAGGUCAAUUACUCGGUGUCGACGACCAACAAGAAGGUCUACACCGAGGAGGAGGACCGCUUCCUGCUGGUCCAGCUCGACCGCUUCGGCAUCGACUCGGAGGGCCUGUACGAGAAGAUCCGCGAUGAGAUUCGCGAAUCGCCGCUCUUCCGCUUCGACUGGUUCUUCCUCAGCCGCACGCCCACCGAGCUUUCCCGCCGCUGCACCACGCUCAUCACCACUGUCGUCAAGGAGUUCGACGAAGGCGCCGCGGCCACCACGACGUCCUCAGCCCCGCGCCAGUCCAACGGCGCGUCUGCCAAGCCCAAGAGGGAACCUGUUGAUGAAGAGGAUGACGAUUCAAUCGUCAGCAACGGCGGUCCUGCAAAGAAGAAGGCCAAGAAUGGCGUCAAGAACAAGGCUCUGGACAAUGUCAAGUCGGCCAAGGGAAGCAAGACGAGCUCAGCCUCACGAUCGAGAGCAUCGAGCGUGGCAUCUACGACAUCGGCUGGAGCUGGAAGUUCCAAGUCGAAAAAGGGAAAGAAAUAA